AUGGAAGCUUUCAACCUCACCCUCUCUGACCCUUCCACAUUCAUCCUAAUGGGUAUCCCUGGCCUGGAAGCUACCCAUAUCUGGAUUUCUAUCCCUUUCUCUGUGUUCUACAUUAUUGGCCUGUUGGGAAAUUUAAUGGUUCUGUUCGUUGUGCCGAUGAUCCUUCUGCUCUGCAUGUUGGCGCUCACAGACAUUGCCAUGUCUACUUCUGUGAUGCCAAAGGCACUGAGUAUAUUUUGGUUCAAUUUGAAAGGCAUUACUGUGGGUGGCUGCCUCACUCAAUUAUUCUUCCUUCAUGUGAGUUCUAUGACACACUCAGCCGUCCUCUUGACAAUGGCCUUUGAUCGCUAUGUUGCCAUAUGUAACCCUCUGAGAUAUGCCACCAUCCUCACCAACGAAAGAAUUGCUAAGCUCGGGCUAGUGGGUUUGAUAAGAGCUCUUUUCAUUCUGCCAAUUCCUCUGCUCCUGAGCAGGCUGCCAUUCUGUGCCCACCGCAUUAUCCCCCACAUGUACUGUGAGCACAUGACUGUGGCAAAAAUGUCAUGUGGGGACACCACAGUCAACAGGACACAUGGCUUGGUGAUAACGUUUGUAGUCAUUGAGUUAGACCUGACGCUCAUUGCCCUGUCCUACGGUUUGAUCGUCAGGGCUCUCCUCAGAAUCUCCUCCAAGGGAGCCCCACAGAAACCCCUUAACACCUGCACAGCCCACAUCUGUGUGAUGCCGACGACUUAUACUCCCUUCCUCUUCACCACUCUGACACACUGGUUCGGUCAGGGCAUAGCUCCCCAUGUUCACAUCAUCUUGGCCAACCUCUAUUUCCUCCUUUCCCCCAUGCUCAACCCGAUUAUUUAUGGGGUCAAAACCAAAGAGCUUCAUGACAAAGUGGGCAAAUACCCUUGCAGAAUGUGA